AUGCAAAAAGCUUCGAUUGAGGAUUGCAGUUAUAUGGAGAAUCUACUCGACGAAGAGUUCUUGAAUUAUCUUCAAGGCUUUGAAGAGAACUGGUUGACCAUUCUACCAAACGCGAUCCGCCCAGUUAGGAAUCAAGGAAACAUUGGAGCUUGCGCUGCCUUUGGGACUACUGAUGCCACUUCCGCUCUCCAUGUCAUCAACGGUGGAGAGUCGGUUACUUUAUCCGCGCAAGAAUUUGUCGAUCACCUACACGAUAGAAUUGGUGACAGGGCUGAUAUUCCCGUCAACGAGGGAGCAGUGCUUCCACCAACAACUAUUGAUGACGCUUUUACGAUGAUGGAAGUGUUCGGGGUGUUCGAAGAAAAUGUGUAUCCCUACACCGGAGUGAAGGCACAAGUUCGUACCAUUCCGCCGGAAGCCAUGAACCGGGGCCGGAAGAUGUUUAUCAAAUCCUAUGUUCCAAUUUCUAGGAGGAAGCCAUUAAAGGCCAUCAGAGCUCUCCGACGUCAACCCAUUGUGGGGAUUAUGAGGGCACCAAAAUACUUCAAAAAGUUCAGGGGUCCUGGCACCUACUACAGGGGGCUGAGGCUUAAAUUUGAGCGAGCUCCAUAG